AUGUACAGGGAGAUGUUGGCGAUUUCAAUUAUCAAACAUAACUACCCUUUCAGCUAUGUUGAACAUGAGGAAACAAGAAAGUUGCACAAAUUUAUACACGGUGAUGUGAAAUUCAUAACAAGAAAUACCGCAAAGGCGGAUGUCUUAAAAAUAUACGAGCGAGAGAAGAUGAUUAUUAAAGACAAGUUAGAAAAGAGUUAUACCCCUCCACACAGUGGUUCCAUUUUAGCAGAGCACUUGAUCAAUUUUUUAGCAGAUUGGGGCAUCGAGAAAAAAGUUUUUACCAUCACACUAGACAAUGCAAAAUACAAUGACAUAUUAGUAGAUCGUUUGAAAGGUCAUUUGCGUUUGAAUAACGCAUUAGUGUGUGAUGGAGAUUUUACUCAUGUGCGUUGUUCAGCGCACGUGCUAAAUCUUAUCGUUCAAGCCGGAUUGAAAGCAAUUGAAGGGGCCAUUGAAAAGGUUCGAGAGUCGGUGAAAUAUGUGAGAGCAAGUGCUGCUAGGAAGUAUAAGUUUGCGGAAUGCAUACAAAUACUUUCACUACAAUGUGGGAAGCAUGUUCGUCAAGAUAUUGUAACGAGAUGGAACUCUACAUAUCUUAUGCUUGAUUGUGCAUUAGCUUAUCAACGGGCUUAUACUCGGUUAGCCUUAGUUGAUUCAGUUUUUAAAACUUCUCCGUCAGAAGAGGAAUGGGCAAGGGUGGAAAUAAUCACACGACUUUUGAAACCUUUUUAUGAAAUCACUACUUUGUUUUCUGGAAGCUCCUAUCCUACCUCGAACUUAUAUUUUCAUCACGUGUGGAGAAUUCAGUUGUAUAUUGAAGAGGAGAUGUGCAAUGCGGAUCAAGUUAUUAGUGACAUGGCGAAAGACAUGAAAGAAAAGUUUGAUAAAUAUUGGAAAAAUUAUUCCAUGAUUUUGUCUUUUGCGGUUAUUCUAGAUCCUCGGUACAAGGUUAAGCUUGUUGAAUAUUGUUUUUCAAAGCUUAACAUGACAUUUGAAGAGCGUGAAAUGAAAUUGAAGUGUAUUGUGGAUGGUAUGCAUAAGCUAUAUGAUACAGAGUAUAAUAUUCAAUCGAAGACAAUGCAUGAUUCUUUAAUACCCGAGAGUUCAAAUGUUGGUGGCAAUACGCUCGAUGAAAUGGAUGGGUUCGAUACAUUUCAAAGCCAAUUCAAAGUUGCUGAUAAUGAAAAGUCACAGUUGACAUUGAAAAUCAAGUAA